CGUCUGCUCAGAUGCAGUGUGAGGAGACCAGAGAGAGGGAGCAGGAAAGCGUUACUCUCACACAGCCGGACAACUCGGAUAGGAUUCUUUUCACACACACACGCACACACCCCUCCUCUCUCUCUCUCUCUCUCUCUCUCUCUCUCUUUUCCCCUCCCUCACUCGACCCAGGGGUUUUGUUCUCCAGGCAGGGGCAACUUUUUUUCACACGGUGCGAGUGUGUGAGUGCGCGCUCGGGUUUGUUUUGACUCUCUGCGUAUUUCGCGUGGAUUCUGUAACGGCGAGCUCUUGCCUCAGACGGACGCACUCGGAGCAUGCGAGAGACAGGACGGAGGAGGAGGAGGAGUGCACGCGUGCGAUGAAAGGAUGGCUGUGCAGAUCUGAGCCGCUUAUCUUCCACACGACUGUGAUUUAGGACACACACACGCUGAAAGUUUGCUCUCUCUCGGUGUCUGCGUGCGCUCGGGAACUCAGCCAUGCCUGCUGAAGUCAAACAGGAGCAGAGUCCCAGCAACCAGACGUCUCUGGCCAUGAUGCAGGAGCCACAGGAGGUGGUGGAGGAGACGGUCACUAUAGAGGAGGACCCCGGAACGCCCACUUCACACGUCUCUGUGGUGACGUCAGAGGAUGGGACCACACGCCGCACCGAGACCAAGGUGACGAAGAUGGUGAAGACGGUAACGACCCGCACCGUGCGUCAGGUGCCGCUGGGUCCGGACGGGCUGCCGAUCCCUGACGGCUCUUCACCACUGGGCAGCUACACAGACUCCAUUGACCGUCGCUUCAUGAAGAACGGCGAGCGCUUCGUCACACCUCAGGCCACUUCCACGCUCACGCGCUCCUACAACCACAGCAACUAUGGAGACUCAUACUACAGUCCACACGAUGCCUAUGGGGACGUCUGCGACAACUACGGCAGCCUCUCGCGUGGCCUCAAUUACCGGCCCUACCGACCCUAUGGCUACCGCAUGGAGAACAGCUACACCCUGCCCAUUCGCAGGGACGACUAUGGCCACAUGGCACAGCCACAGGUCCCGGUGGGAGGCAGCAGCACCGUGGACCUCAACCGCUCACAGCCGGAGCGCUUCCAGCCCGAGCCGUACGGCCUGGAGGAUGACCGCCGCAGCCUCGGGCCAGACGACGAAGAGCCAUACGAGCUGGAGCCUGACUACUCCACUGCCAACCGCCGCACUCUGCCCAGCGCUGCACGAGCCAUCAGGGACCCGCUGCGCAAUGGCCCUCGUGUCAGAGGCUAUGAUGACCCCAUUGAGUCAGAGCUAAUUGAUGAGCGGCACCGCUAUGCUCCCGGGAUGUACCCCGCUCCACUUGCACAGCCCGAGCGGGGCAGCACAGCCAGCCUGGACGGUGGCAUUGACGCCAGUUUGUUGCGUCAGGACCCGCGCUGCUGGCGUGACCCGGACCUCCCCGAGGUCAUCGCUAUGCUGGGUCACCCUCUGGAUCCAGUCAAAGCCAAUGCGGCCGCUUACCUGCAGCACCUGUGCUACGAGAACGACGCGGUGAAGAAGGCCGUGCGACAGCUCAACGGCAUCCCGGCUCUUGUGGCCUUGCUGGAGCACCCCAAGGGUGAAGUGCAGCGCAAGGCAUGCGGAGCUCUACGCAACCUCUCCUUCGGCAAGGACAAUGAAAACAAGGUGGCCAUCAGGAGCUGCGACGGCAUCCCUGCUCUCGUUCGCCUGCUCAGGAAGAGCGGUGACCCUGAGGUCCGCGAGCUCGUCACAGGAACGUUGUGGAAUUUGUCCUCGUACGAGCCGUUGAAGAUGGUGAUCAUAAACCACGCGCUGCAGACCAUGACCAACGAGGUGAUCAUCCCUCACUCGGGCUGGGAGGCUGAGCCCAACGAGGACUCCAAGCCCAGGGACGCCCAGUGGACCACCAUCUUCAAGAACACGUCCGGAUGCCUGCGGAACGUGAGCUCAGAUGGGGCGGAGGCACGCAGGAGGCUGCGGGAGUGUGACGGCCUGGUGGACGCUCUGCUACACGCUCUACUGUCAGCCGUGGGGAAGAAGGACAUGGACAACAAGUCUGUGGAGAACUGCGUGUGCAUUAUGAGGAACCUUUCCUACCACGUUCACAAAGAAGUCCCGGGAGCUGAGAAGUACCAGGACCCGUCCUCCCUGCAGGCUCCGGGCUCCGCGGGGACUCACAGGAAGAAGAAGGACGACGCGGGCUGCUUCGGAGGCAAGAAGGCUAAAGAGGAAUGGUUUAAUCAAGGCAGGAGAAACGGAGACAAUGAUAAAAACUUUGACACAAUGGACCUCCCGAAGCGCACCGAGCCCACUAAAGGGUUUGAGUUGCUCUACCAGCCUGAGGUGGUGCGUCUCUACCUGUCCCUGCUGACCGAGAGCCAGAACUACAACACCUUAGAAGCAGCAGCAGGGGCCUUACAGAACCUCAGUGCUGGACAGUGGACUUGGUCUAACUACAUCCGGGCGACGGUGCGUAAGGAGAAAGGUCUGCCCAUCCUGGUGGAGCUGCUUCGCUCCGACUCGGAUAAGGUGGUGCGCGCCAUCGCCAUCGCCCUGCGCAACCUGUCCAUCGACCGACGCAACAAAGACCUCAUAGGGAGCUAUGCGAUGAGGGACCUGGUCAGUAACCUGCCGAGCGGUCAGCAGCGUCCAGCUAAGAACCUGGAGGAGGACACGGUGGUGGCGGUGCUCAACACCAUCCACGAGAUUGUGACGGACAGCUCAGAGAACGCUCGCUCACUCAUCAUGGCUCAGGCCAUCGAUAAACUGGUGGCCAUCCACAGGACCAGCCAGUCAGCCAGAGAGACCAAGGCGGCUUCUCACAUCCUGCAGACGGUGUGGAGCUACAAAGAGCUGAGGAGCACGCUGACCAAGGACGGCUGGAACAAGACUCAUUUUCAGCCCACAACAGCCGUGGCUCCUAAAGGCUCCAAGAGCAGCAAGUCGGGAUACGAUGACACCACCCUGCCCCUGAUGGAGAAGAACCAAGGCGACAGAGGCUGUGGCACCGGUGCUAUGAUACCUAUGGAUGAACUGGGUCCAGACGGCUACUCCACUAUUGACCAAAGGGACAAAGACUGCAAAUAUAAAAGCAGCGACGCCUCGUCAGAUCUGACGGAGCGCGAGCCUCUGAAGAAUGACACGAAUAGGAAGCACUAUAUCCGGAGCAACAGGCCGACAGUGAGUCUUGUGGACGCUUGCGAUGUCAAGCCUCAGCCUGUUGACUCCUGGGUGUAAAUGCAUGCAUGGCUUAGCCGGCGUCAGCGCUACGUCACACAACCAGUCAAAGGAUCUCACAAGACACGAGUCACCACACUGCCAUUUUCUCCACGAUUCACCAACGUGGACUCAUCAGCAAAGAGACACAAACUAAACACAGCGCAUUCUUUCAUUCGGUGAGAUGAAACGAAAUGAUGGACAGCAGUGGAACACGAACACACACACACACACACACAUACACACACGUAUAUAUUUCACACACAGGUGCAGUCCCACAGCGUGACGAGGACCCAAGCAACAAGACACCAAUUCAUGGAUGAUGGAAGGAUGAAGGAUGAGUGCAGAGGGAAAGAGAAUGUAGAGACGUGGACAUGAAUGUGCAUGGAAAAGAAACUGAAAGAGAAAAGGAAAAUGAAAAAAGAAAAUUUCGUUUGUUUUAGUUUUGUAUUCGUUCGUUCUCUGUUCCUUAUUUUCUUCUGUUCCUUUUUAUUUUUUUCCUAAUUAUGGAUAUUGAUUUUUUUUUUUGGGAGCUUUUUUCCGGGAAGUGAAGACGUUGGAUCUAAGGAUGUUUUUUGAAGGUGUGUGUAUUAGCUUGGACAGAACUUCCAAACAAAACCCAGCGUGUCGUGACGUUCUGCUAAUCUCGUCUGUGAUCCGGUUCCACGUUUUGUUUUGGGUUUUUUUGUGCUCCAGGUCUUGGUGUCGCCUUUGUACUUUAUUUAAAAAAAAAUAAUAAUAAUUAAAAAAAAAUCACCCAGCAGUGUUUACCAGUGAGCGCAUGCUAACGGCAUCAUCGCCUUCCUUCGCUAACAGGCUAGGAGGCAUCUGUCGUUAGCGGGAUUAGCGUUAGCAUUCCUGCUAACCUAGCAAGCUGUAUGAGGAAAUGAAAAGAGGAGGACGGCGUGAAGGAAGGUUAUUUUUUUGUUUGUUUUUUUGAAGCACGCUGUCGUGUUUUAAAGCAUUUUAUAUUUUCGUUGCUGUUGUAAAUGUAUAUAUAUAUAUAUAUAUAUAUAUAUAUAUAUAUAUAUAAAAAAAUACAGGGCCAAGAUGAACUCUUUAUAUGUUGCUAGACGUCUGUGAGUUUGAGACCAGGUCACCUUCUUCUGAUUUAAAAACUAAAUGUGUAGGAAAAGAGGAAAGUGUUGAGAGAAGGCAGUGGAGGAACGCUCAGAGGAACGCUGUUAGUGUUUGAGGAAAAAGCAGGAGGCUGAAGGUAUUAUUUUGUGUAGAUGAGUGUGUAAGAGUGGAGCGUUACGGUUCCGCUGACGAGCGCGACCCCGAGCCCUGAAUCUCGGCUCUGUGAUUGGACUGGAUUGGAUUCUGCCUCGCUCGCUGUAAAUGUGAUGUAAAUGUCUGACAUUUCCACGCUCUAGAGGGAAUACAGAAUGAUGGAUCACUCACAGCUGGGACCACUGUGUGUGUGUGUGUUUGUUUUUUUUUGCGGCAGCGGCGACAUAAACGACAGCCGUUUUCUGGCGUCUGUAUUUUUCCUGGAAAAACCUGCCAGGAUGCUGUGAAGGUGUGAUGUGUAAACAUCGGCUGUGAGCAAGCAGCAUGUGACUGCUGUGUACCUCCUCCUCCUCCUCCUCCUCGCUCUUCAUCACGCCACACGCUUGCAGUGAAGUUUUUCCUCUUUUUCUUUUUUUGUUUAUUUUUCUUUUUUAAUAGUGUUAUAACCGAGACGUCUAACACCGACAUGAGUUGUCAGUAGCUUUGUGUGUUAAAUGGCAUUUGUUUUGGUGAAGAUGAGUGUAUUGCGUACCCCCCCUCCACCCCCUUCAUUCACACUGCCUUUAUUUCCACUCCCACACAACCAAAGGACUCGGGGCUUUGUACAGUCUGAGGGUGGAGCAGCCAGCGGGAAUGAGAUUGUAUAUUUACAGAAAAACGAAAGGGUGGAAAAAGUGAAAUCCAGACCUACCUUUGUAGAUAUCACACACACACACACACACACACACACACACACACACACGGUAAAUGUACAACUUGGUAGCAAACGUGUUUGUAACUAUCAUAUGUGCCUUAACCCUUCUCUGUGUUAGAUUGAGAAUUACUGUGUUUUCUAUUAACCUCUUUGUUGUUCCUUUUCCCCAAAAGAUCUUUCUCUCUCUUUCUCUUUCUCUUUCUCUCUCUCUCUCUCUCUCUCUCUCUCUCUCUCCAAUAACCCCAAAUAGCCCUUCCCCCUAACUCCCCUCCUCCCUCCCUUCCAUACCUCCCUUUUUGCCCCCUCUUUCUCUCUCCCCCUUCCUCUCCCACCUUCUCUCUCUCUCUCGCUCUCUCUCCCCCUUCCUCCCUGUUCCAUCAACUCCUCUCCUCCCUCCCCCUCUCUUUUUCCCCUCCCUCUCGUCCUUCCUCCCUCCCAUACUCCCCCUCCUCACCCUCUCUUUUUCUCCCACCCCUUUCUUUCCCCCCCCCCCCACCUCUCCCUCCCUCCCCGCCUCCUCUCUGCCUCUCUCUCACUCCCCUUUCUCUCCCCCUUCUCACUCCCUCUCUCUCCCUCCCUGUCCCCCCAUCUUCUCUCCCCCUCUCCCUCUCUUUCCCAAAGUCUCCGCCCCUCUUCCCUCUCUCUUUCUUUCUGUCUCUCUCUGUCUCUCUCUCACCCCCUCUCCUCCACUCCAUGUCCUCAGUGUAGUCUCUAGACUGGUGGUGGGUUUAUUUUGCCUUGUGUUUUACAUUGUACUCUAUAGACACGUGAAAAGGGGCGGGGUCUGUGACGUAAAGGAAAACUUGUCCUUCAUGCUUUCGUAGUGCUCGAUGCCACGAUGCUCCAGAAUGUAUUCCGUUCAUUUUACUAAUCCCCCUGACGGGAAACACAGCACU